AUGAUUUUAAGGAACCAGCGCCCCCGGCGGGGUUUCGGUACGAUACGGAGGCCGACUCUUCGCGAGGGGAUGCAGGAUGCGGGGGGCCCGCAGGGUGGACGACAUCGGGCGGGGGGUGGGGGGCACGACGGGGGUACGAAGAAGGAGUUCAUUAAGAGAAAAAACGACGAUCGAAACGGGAGUCGAGAGGAGCACGCCAAGGCGAAGAAGAAGUUUCAUAGGUUUGAGCAAGCAGACAUUUCGUCUGAGGACAGCAUCCGCAACAAUUACAUCAGGGGCGGCUGGAUGGGUGGGCUUGGGCUCGGCAUCGAUGCGUAUGUCGGGGAUGGGUCGUGGGGUGCGGAGCUCUCCACCGACCCCGCUGGUGGCGAGGACGACGUGAGUAGAAGAAGACCGGUGAUCAUCAACGCCGAUGAGGACGGAACGGGGGACGGGCAGGCGAGGUGGGAGCCAGGCCAGCUGUCGAGGCUGGCGCAGCGGCAGCAGCGGCAGAGGGACGAGGAGGACGAGGAGGAGGGGGGGGUUGCGAGGACGCCGAUGCUUGGGCCCGACGCCGUGGUGCUGAUAAUCUGCGCAAACAGGCCCGAGUACCUCGAGAGGACGCUGAACGCGGUGGCCGAGUACCACCCCGGGAGUUCGAGGGGGGCAUCGUUCGCCAUCCCGGUGGUGAUUUCGCAGGACGGAUCCUCGAGUGCCGUGGAGGAGGUGAUCUCUCGGUUCAAGACGUCGAUGGCGGGACGUGCUCACGUGACUCACAUCCACCACACCCCUGCCCCGCGAGAAAGCCGGCCGUACUUCAAGCUCUCCGCUCACUAUGAGUGGGCCCUCAGCCAGGUAUUUGACGAGCUGUUUCAGACCGGCUACAGCUCGGCAGCAGUGGACAAGGCCAUCAUUCUCGAGGAAGACCUUGAGAUAGCGCCGGACUUUUUCGAGUACUUUUCGGCGAUGGCGCCGCUGCUAGAUUCGGACGAGACACUGAUGGCGGUUUCGGCCUGGAACGACAACGGUCAGGCCGCCCACGUCAAGGAUAAUAGGGCGUUAUUCCGGAGCGAUUUCUUCCCGGGGUUGGGGUGGAUGCUUCCGCGAAGGGUGUGGGACGAGCUUGCCGCUGAUUGGCCGGAAGCCUACUGGGACGAUUGGCUCAGAGACCCGCGGAGACGGAAGGGGCGUCAGUUCAUCCGCCCGGAAGUCUGUCGGACCUACCACUUCGGCCAGAAGGCCGGAGCCUCUCGAAACCAGUUCAGCCAACUCCUGAACAACAUCAGGCUCAACGAAGAAGCGGUCCCGUUCCGAGAAAUGGACGUGUCGUACCUGAUGCCCGACGCCUUCCGGAGUUGGCUCGACGGCGAAUUGAGGAGUGCCCGGGCUGAGACGGUCGCGAACGUCAAGGCCGGCCGUGCCUCGUCUUCGGAGGUGGUAGUCGAGUACGGGAGCGAGCGGGAGUUCAUGUCGAUCGCCCGCCAGCUUAGCAUCAUGGACGACACAAAGGCGCAGGUCCCUAGGACCGCCUACAUGGGCGUGGUCUUCCUAUGGGGCCGCUGAAAGAAGCGACUCUGUAUGACGGAGGCUGCGACGUCGCAAGACGGAGACUUCGGACCAGCUACAUCCAAUCCAGAGGCAUGGGUGGGGAGGAUUCGCUGGGCGCCAUCGCCGAACUGUAGCUCUUGUGUGGACAUAAUUUGGCCUCGCCCACCUGGAUGACAAGAAAGAAGCCACCUUCUUUUUUCUGUCAAGCAUUGGGUGUAGCGUCCGAGAGCGAGAUAAUACCGAGGCUUGGCGUUUUGUGCGGCGGUCGCAGGCCGCCGCCGCUCGCAGCGGUCUCGGGGGUUUUUGCUUCCAAAUGGCGUAUUCCGACGCCGAUGUCAUCUAUUUUUUUCGGAAGAGUUGGAAACCAUAUAUUUUUUUAAUCAUUCCAUCAAGAUUUUUAAUACAGUUUUUCCAUUUAGCUCGGGCAGAAUAAUAUAGCGACCGGUGUCGGGGAAUAGAAGUCAAAUAUCUUACGCCAGCCAAAAGAAAAGGGUUUAGUGAGUCUUGGUGUUGGGUUUCUGCUUGUCCCGCGGGGGAACCACAGCUCGCCGAAACGGGACGUGCUAGAAAAUGGGAUGGGAUCGUUUGUCUCGGUUUUGGAUGCUGGUUGUUUCACGUUGUUUGUGAAAGAGUGAUGCCCGUGGGAGCAGUGCGCGCUGAUGGUGUUGUGUGUUUUCCGCCGUUGUUGUAGUCGCCGUCGCUGACUAUGGUUGUAGUAGUUGCUGUUGCCUUCAUGUGUAGAGCUCUGCCCC